AUGUAUUCAAAUUCGCAACUUUACCGGCGUGGAUACAGAAGGAAAGCAAAACCGAAUGAACUUAAUAUUAUCAAAGAGAGCGCCAAGGCAGUAGGUAAAGAGUAUUGCAUUGAGGCAUCGAUUAACGGGCUGAAGCAUCUAGUUGAUGACAAUACGUCAUGGCUAGAACGAAAGUACUACAGGGCGCCGUUGGUGACCACACAAAUGCCGGAGGGUAUUUCUGUCAGCAAGAUAAUAUUUCCAGCUGUAGGAAUCUGCACUAAUAAUCGGAUCAGUAAACGAGCCACUACUGAAUUAGCGCGAAAGUUACUCAAAGAAGAACGUAAUAAAAUGUACGACGCGGAGGAAAUGCUAUCGCUCCUGGUUGGCUUAGGUUCGUUUUAUAACAUUGACCCGAUGGAUGACGACGUGGUGAGGCCGAUGCAACUGCACCGCGCACUAGGCGAAUACGAUGUCAAUGAACUCAUACAAAGCUUGACACCGCAUUGUGAAGAUAUUCUUUUGAGAUGUGCGUGGAAUCAGCAACCAAAGAAUUGCUCCGAUGUAUUCGACUUUCGCCUCACCAUGAACGGGUACUGCUGUACAUUCAAUUACUUGAGAGGAACGGACGAUAUGUUUAUGGACUCAACAGAAUCGACUCGUAGUACAGAUAUGCUUGAAUACGGCAACAAAUCAAGUUUCGACUUUGACCAGGGACUUAAAAUUUUGUUGCUACUAAAUGAGGACGAUGAUUUUUAUUACAAUAUACCGCUGCAAGGUGCCCAGUUACAAUUAUCAGACAUAUACGACUUUCCGGAUGCACCAAGUGGAAGUUUUUCUAUGCAAAUCAUUAGUCCUAACGUACAGAUGACAGUAAUGGUAACUGCGAGCUUGACGGUAGCAUCGCGCGACAUUCAGCACGUACCUGUGAAGUUGCGUCAAUGUCUCUUCUACGACGAAUCCCCUUACCUCCCAUACUAUACAUACAGCGAUUGCAUGCUAAAAUGCCGGAUGUCAUUCUUAUUAGCUAAUUGUAACUGCACACCUUUUAACAUACCUAAAAUGGCAAACACGAGGACUUGCGAUAUGAGAGACAUACCAUGUCUCAGAAUAUAUUAUGCACAGUCAAUCACUGUUCGACCGAAUAUAGAUCAAAUACCUGUAGAGUUGGAGAUGAAUACUGUAGACGAAGGCAUCAGUUGUCCGAUGUGCUACCCAACUUGUUCGAAAACUGCUUACAAUUACGAUUUUAAUAAUGUUAAAAUCUAUCCGGAGUAUCUUAACACUGUUCAGGAUACAGACAGAGUAGACUGGCUACAAGGCGCAAAUUUCACCGGAACCUCCAUUGUGCAUGUGAAAUAUGGAAAAGAAACAGCAGACCGUUACGGACAAAAUGUUAUAAUGAAAUGGUUCGACUUGAUCAAAAAUAUUAUGUUUUCUAGGUUAUCGUGGUUGAUAUUCGUGGUUUUGUGUUGGUACAGCUCCUUUGAACUGAUAGCGGCGCAGUAUGAUGCUUACCAGAACAAUCCUAUCUCAUUUGUUGUGGAAACAACAUAUAGAGAUUGGGACACAUAUUUUCCGUCGAUUGCCAUUUGCGAGAACGACAAUACGGCUCGUAUCGAAGCAGUGUCUGACAGAAUAUUUGGAGAAGACCACGAUUUUAAUAUAGAAGAAGUAUUAAAGGAGAUAUCAUAUUUUAAAGGUUUCACGUAUUAUGUUGGUGAAUUAUGUACUCCAGAAGACCCUUUAGAGGAUUGUGAUAAGUGGAAUGUUACUCAUUACGCAAACUUGGUUCGAAGUUCUUGUGAGGAAAGUCUUUCAAAUUGCUUUUGGAAUGGCGUUCAGUUUAAAUGUUGCGAUAUUUUUAGACCGAUGCCUACCGAAAUCGGAGUUUGUUUUGUGGCUAAUUCUAUUCAAGUAAGAGAAAAAAAUCGUGUAAAGUUAAAUAUGAUUAGCAAUAAAACCACAGGGCCAGGAGUUCUCAAUUUCAAUGUAAUGGUUCCAGCAAAAAUUUACGUAUCUAAUGAAGAGGAGGUACCAUCCCUUACGGUUAUUGGCUUGGAUACCAUGUCAGUGGGACCAGAGACAUUUUAUAGGCGUAUAAUUUCUAUACGAAAUAUUGAAAACGAUGCUGGCGCUCGUUUAAUAUCACCCGAAAAACGUAAAUGUCGUUACGUCGAUGAAAACUUUGUAGACGUCUAUCCUUUUUACUCAUAUACAGCAUGUACAGUGCAGUGCAGAAAAAUAGCACAGCUAAAACUUUGCAAUUGCACCAAUUUCUACAUGCCGAAUGUCCCUGAACAAAUGAAAUGUGACAUCAAAGGAAUCAUUUGCUUGAAUAAAUACAUUAACGAUCUGUCCGCGCUGAAAGCUAAAUGGUCUUCCCGUCCGGGCUUAGAUUGUGAUUGUCUCCCAUCAUGCACAGAAGCUGAAAUAUCCAUUGUGAAAGACUUCAAGAGACCUAUAAAUGAAAGUUAUGCUUCAGUGCAAAUUGAACUGGGAGUGCUGCCAAGUGAAAGGUACAGGAGAAACGUUGUGCGAGGAAUUCUUGAUUUAGUAGUGUCAACGGGCGGAACUGGCGGCUUGUUUCUUGGCGCUAGUAUCCUCAGUUUUGUAGAGUUGCUUUACAUCUUAUUGAUUCGCCCAUUUUGUGAUGUCUAUAGUAGAAUUGGAGACGAUCCUUGGUAUUUAAAAUUCGGUACACGUCGUCUUGAAGAUAAUCAUUUUAAGCCGAAUAUAGGUGGUAUAAAAAAGAGUGUUAAACAAAUUAAGAAGCGAUAA